CGUUUCAUCACAUGUGCAAGGUGCAAAAUGUAAACAAUGCGUUCUUCUGUGAAAAAGCAGUGUUGAUCCACAUAAACCAUGCUUUUUAAUAAUUUGUGAAACAUUGUAUUUAAAAGGCAAGAUGCUUAGAUUAUGGUGAUGGUGUAAUAAUGAAAAAGAUCAAAUAAGUUUUCAUGCAUCUAUAGGUUUGAAGUUUUAUUGUAUGAUAAUGUCACUGACUACUAUAGGGAGUUACAUAGGAUUUCCUUUGGGAUUUCUGGUAUUUUUGUACAUGAUGAUUUCAUACAAGAAGAGGAAGAACAUUCAGGGAAAAGUUGUCCUGAUUACAGGAGCAAACUCAGGUCUUGGUAAAGAAUGUGCCAAGGCUUUUCAUCAAGCCAAAUGUAGAGUGCUAUUAUGUGGACGGAACAGGGAAGCUUUACAAGCACUCAAAGAAGAAUUAACAAAUGCUAAGGUACCAUCCACACACCAAGCAGAGAUAGUAGUUUUAGACUUGGAGAAAUUAUCCAGUAUUCCUCAGUGUAUUGCUGAUGCCGUUAGGAUUCAUGGUCAUAUUGAUAUUGUAAUAAAUAAUGCUGGUCUGAGCUAUAGAGGGCAGAUAGAAGACACAAGUCUAGAUGUAGACAUUAAACUAAUGACUGUCAAUUACUUCGCCCAAAUAGCUCUAAUUAAAGCUGUGUUACCUUACAUGAAAUCCCAACAGAAUGGAUCUAUAGUUAACAUCAGUAGUAUACAGGGCAAGUUUGCUAUACCAUAUAGAUCUGCAUAUACAGCUUCAAAGCAUGCAAUACAAUCUUUUAGUGAUUCUUUGAGAGCAGAAGUAGACAAUAUACAUGUAUGUGUAGUAAGUCCAGCGUACAUUCAAACUAAUCUGUCUAAGAAUGCUGUUUGUGGAGAUGGCUCUAAAUAUGGACUGAUGGAUAAGACUACACAGUCUGGAAUGGCGCCAUCAUAUGUUGCAGAGAAGAUCCUGUCAGCAGUAGAAUUUGAACAGAAUGAAGUCAUAUUAUCCCCUGUACAUCACAAAAUAGCUAUUUAUUUAAGAACAAUUGUACCUAAUUUAUUUUUUAAAUUGAUGAAAUCAAGAGCCAAAUCUGGAAAAAAAGAUUAUGAAAAAAAGGAUUGAUUUUACUGUAAUUCAGUAUGUAUAUGUAAGAAUUUUGACACAUGCAAGGCUGGUACAGGUUUUACUGUAUGGAUGGCUAGUUAUAAGUAUAAUGCAAGCAAUUGUAAGUCAUGUUGAUUACAGGGUUCUUUAAAUAUGUCAUAAUUGAACUACAUGAAUUCUUUAUUGUCUUUAUUUUAGGUUACAUAACAUCCAAAAUUUUAUUGUUAUCCAAAUGUUCUUUGUUUUAUUUUUCAUGUGUAUUGGACUUUUAUUUGACUUAAUUGUUUAUUUCAGUAGCUCAUUUAAUUGUAACCAAAAGAAUUUUAAUUUUAACAAAACUCAAAAAUUAUUUAUCAUAGUUUCAAUCUUCGAAUUAGUUUAGAUAAAUU